CUUGUUUUCCUGGUACUUAGAGGUUCAUCUUAAGGAUUAUUUCAACACAACAGUUGCAACAUCAGAGGAACCCGCAAAACUCAGAAGAGACUCAGGGAAGUCGUAGGACAAUUCCGAACCGACUAACGUCAUCAUUUCGAAAUAAUUACUGCCCCGAUCCGAAACCAAGGAAUGUCGGCCCUCCCGAUAAUUUCAUCAUGACAUACCGAUACCGCGGCCUCAACCCAUCUUAUAUCGCCAUUUUUCAGUGUUAUGUUGAUAUGUGUUCGAUCUGAUACCGCCCCGCAUCAUGUUAAUGUUUCAAGAAACGAAUAUGGUUUCGAAAUACUUUUCUCAGAAGUGAAUGCAUCACAACAGCGUGCUUCAGUGAUGGAGUGGUAGGCUUCAGUUAUGAAGUGUUUGCUUAUGUCCCAUUUGAAGUCAAAAUGUACCUUUGAUUAGAAAGAAGGUCGUUUCCGGUUCCCUAUUCACGAUACCUCCUAGAUGUUAUCUAUUCUACCAUACCUUGGAUCCGUUAUAGCGAUGUCGAGCAAGGUAGCUCUUGCCUAUUCAUCGGCGGGCGGUCUUGGUGUGCCCAAGAAGAAUGAUUUUAUAGACUGGUACCUAUAGGUAUUCUUGCAGCAAAUGCAGUCCCGAUAAUAAUUUCUUAAGGCGAGCAAACGCAUCUCGCUUGUUAACGAUGUUCAGAAUCUUCUCCAAACCGAUCCCCUCUUAUGUCGCUCAUUCAUUACGAACGUGAACAAGUCAUUGAAACA